ACAUGCUCAGCCAUGGAACACACACUCAAAUGCAACGUUCUCAAGUGUCGAAAGGAGCUCGGCGACCAAGCACUGGUCACUACGUGCAGUCAUAUAUUCUGUAUCGAAUGUUCAAACAACCAUGGCCUUACGGGACCAGUUCAAGAGCGGCGUGGCACCUGCCCUGCGUGCAGGUCCCAGCUUAUCAACCCCGACGACGCGGUGGUGACCCAUUUAAACUUAACCGAGGACUACAAGACAACCAUAUUAAGCGGACUGAGUCCAAACAUCAUCAUGGAAUGUGCAGGAAGAGCACUGAGUUUCUGGGCCUACCAGACCACCCAGGAAAUGUAA